AAAGGGCUAAAAAUCAAGAGAAAAUCAAAAAAAUUUGAAUUACGGAAACGUUUGUCAGCGUCGAGAAAACCGGAACUUGUUUUAUUUUGCGGAUGCUAAUUGGUCCCGGAGUUCGGGUGCCAUCGCGAUAUAUCUUCCGGCAUUUUCGGUCAACAUCGCAAAGUCGAUACCGUUGAUGGUCGAUAGAACGCAUCGUUCUCAAUCGUUCUGUGAAAUUCAAGUUCGAUACUUGUAUAAAAUAAUUUUUUGAUCGACAAACAAACCGCUUUCCUAGUAUCUGAAUUGCCGGCAGUAAAUUUUGGAAGAUUCGAAAAAACGUACGGGAAAUUAAGUGAUUUGAGUUGAUUGCUUCUUAAAUCGUGGAGCCAGGAUCCUCCAUUUUGUAGAAAUGAGAAAAUAUUAGCCUCGCAAAAAAAAGCGGUGAUUUUGUUCAAGUUUUGGGGAAAAAACAAAAAGCCGGCAAUGAAGAAUUUGGUUUAAAAAAGAAUGGCCGGUAAAAUUAAACGAGCUAGAGUUUUGAAUGGUGAUAUCGUCGAAGAGGACGAGGAAAGUAACGAAGUGAAUGAAGCAAUAUCGAAACUGAUGGAGGAAAAACAUGUUUACACGUACAAGAAGCUCGUGGUGCCGAUGUCCAUGCGGAGCAUCUACUGGAAAUUUUUUGGAUUUCCAGCCACCGACGAUGGCAACAUUCUCACUAAAGUGAAGAUUGUUUGCAUUUUGUGCAAGACUCAAAUUGCGUACAAUCGUAACACGAGUAAUCUGAGGAUGCACCUUCAAAAUAAACACGCCCAAGAGCUUGUCGAAUUGGAAGCCACAAAUCCGCCCCGAAAACCAAUUAUUUCCCAGGAAGCCAAGGACCGACGAGCUCAAAAAAGACUGUUAAAGGCAGGAUUGGCCGCUGCUCAACACAUUUAUACAACAAGUGCCGAUGGCACAAUCCAGGUUGAUAGUGGACUUCAAUUUGUCACCGAUCCCAACGUAAGUCUGACAAGCAUAGAAGAAGAUAUCAAUAUCGGCCAGCCUCUCAGGGUCAUGAUAAAAAAUCCCACCAAUACCUCCACGCAAAAUUUAGCCUUUCUCAUGUCCGAGGAAAUUCCCGCCCAGCACAAUGUCAUGGAGGGAAAAUCGGCAAUUCUCGAUGCAAUUGCCGAAUUUGUCAUCAUCGAUCUGCAACUUCCGGAAGUGGUUGAAGGUCGUGGAUUUCAAAAACUUGUCGCCACUCUGAGAUCGCCCUGCGAAAUACCCAGUAAGAACAAACUCGAGGAGGACAUUAUACCAAAGAUUUACGAGCAUUAUAAGGACUCGAUUGUGCACAAUUUGUCGCUUUUGAACACGGAAGUCGGUCUCACGGUCGAGGAAUGGAAAUCGAAUACCGAGGAGAGCUAUGUCACGUUCUCGAUUUAUUAUCAGCAUCCGGGCGAGAUUUCUCUGGACUUUAAAGUCCUUUGUACGAUGCACGCACCGGAGGAUUGGGAGGAGGCGCAUUGGGGAACGGCUCUGGAUUCGCUAUUGGCCGAGUGGGAUUUGAGAAUUGAUAAAAUUACGGCGGUUGUCGUUGCUACCUCGAAAAGUGGAUUGCUCUCGGCUUUAGUCACGAGAGGAUUGUCUUUAGUUCCUUGUCUACUCUACACUUUGCAUGUUUGUGCGAAUGCCUGCUUUGGCGAUCCCGAUGUGGCAAUGAUUCUUUCCAAGUGUCGAGUUAUCAUUGGAGCGAUUAUUGGACAUCCUAGUGCCUGUGUUACCAUGACGAUGCAGGAACAACUGCUCGAGUUGGAAGAUAGCCCUUUGAUGAUGGAUUACCCGGAAGUGUGGAUCUCAACCUACAAUAUGCUCGAGCAAUUGGUGCUUCGGCGCAGUAUUGUGUCUUCAAUUCUUGAGGGUAUUGAUAGAAUCGACCAGGAACUGAUCGAUCUUGCCCCAGACGAAUGGAAAGUGAUCGAGGAUCUCGUAACUGUCCUCGAGCCAUUCAAAGUCACAAUCAUGACUCUCAGCGAGGAGAAAAUGCCACUCUGUUCUCUCCUAAAACCGCUUCUUUGGCAAUUGGUUUCUUCUCAUCUGAAAACCAAAGAUACGGAUAGCGGCACUGCUAAGAAUUUUAAAGAGAGUUUGUCGGAAAUGCUUUACGAGCGUUAUGCCGAUCCUAAUGUUACCCUUCUUCUGCAAAUUGCGACAACACUUGAUCCAAGAUUUAAACAAUUGCCUUAUGCGACGGAGGAAGAUAAAACUUUGGUUGCAGCGCCUAUUAAAGAAAUGCUGACGAAGCUGAUUCAAGAGGAAAGUGGAAAUCAAGGGGCAUCUAAAGUGGAUGAAAGUCCAGACAGGAAGAAGGGGCGAAUGACAAGGAUGGAAAAAUUGCUCGGAGAACAAUUCAGCAGUCCGAAACAUCGAAUGCCAGCAGAAGAGAAGGCAGAUUUGCAAUUAACUCAGUACCAAUCGGAAGCGACGGCCGCUCUUGAUCAUUGUCCUCUACAAUGGUGGUCCAAUAACGCCGCAAAAUGUCCUCAUUUGGCAAGAUUGGCCCAAAAAUAUAAUUGCGUUCCAGCCUGUUGUGCACCUCCAUGUCGAAUUCCAGCUGAAGCACAAAUUCUUUACGACACAAAACGUGCCGCUCUACCUCCCCAUCUAGUGGACAAAAUACUUUUCCUAAAUGCAAAUUACUCCCUACCAGAAUAAUAUGCAAUUUUUUAUAUUUUUUUCUAUUUUUCAAAUCUAUCGAAUCGAGCAAGGAAUGUGUAAAUCGCCGAAGAAAAUCGAAUUUAGGUGUAGAAGACUAUUUUUGUUAUUUUUUUUUUUUAUUGAGCUAUUCUUUUGCUGUUUACAUAUUCGCUUGGUCUUUCUGACGAAUUGCAAAAAAAUCAUUUCUUUAUAGCACAGAAUUUGCUUAUGAAACUCGAUAUGUUUUAAUAUCGCUGAACUAAUUAUUUUGUUAGAAAGUGAGAAAAUGGUCAGUUCUGAGGUAGAAAAUAUUUUCUACUAAAAUAAAGCUCUAUGUACAUAUAUAUAUGAUAAAAAAAAAGUAUUUUUGAAAAGUGCGAGAGUUAGUUUUAAAAUUGUUUAUGUGCGGAAUUCAUGAAUUGUUGGCGCGUGUAAAAACUUUACGCAAAUAAGUGUCUGCACUUUAUUUUAUUUUGUGCAUGGAAAAUAUUUUUGUCUUGAAAUUUCUCAUAUUGUUUUUUUGCCUAGAAAUUAUGCAAUUUUGAUGAUAAGUUUUUGAAAAAGGUGGUGUUACAGUUUGUAAAUAACCGAUAUUUUUAAUACCUGAUCAUCUGUCGAAAAUCGUGUUCAUGUGGAACGAUGUGUGAAUUGCGAAUGUUUCGUUAAAUAAAAUUAGGAUCGUGAUACUGAAUGUGAUUUUGUUACUUUUUGAUAUCGCUCUAGAUUUAUGGAAUUAAAAUAGAAUUCAUUUUUUUUUAAUUGAAAA